GACUGACUGCAACACACAGUGGGAAAACUUUUUUUCUGUGGGGCGGUGAUACUUACGGAUGAAAUCCGCAAAUUUUCUCAGUCUUUUGCGCUGUAAAAAAAUACAAAGUAUAACAGCAGUUCGUUUAUAUUUAGCUUAAUGCAGAGAAAACCCCUGAAUAUUACAUUGUCCUUAUAGUUUAUUGCAACGUUACAAACUUUGGUCAUCGUAACAUCGACUCGGACAAAAAGUGGAUCAGUGUUUUUCUACAUUUAAUCACAAAGUAUUCUGUAUGCAGACCAUCAUAUCAAUUGACAUCAACACAAGAUAGUUGCCGUUAGGGGAUGACGGCUGUGCCGCUGGACCCCUAGAGCAGGACGGUAUGACGUCACAGACCAGCAGCCCCAGACCCUCCAGAGUUUGACCCGGGAUGGAGCUGAAGGUGUGGGUCGAUGGAGUUCAGCGUGUGAUCUGUGGGGUCACAGAGGCCACCACCUGCCAGGAAGUGGUCAUCGCUCUGGCUCAAGCAAUUGGUCGCACAGGACGCUAUACACUGAUUGAAAAAUGGAGGGACACCGAGCGACAUCUCGUUCCUCACGAGAGUCCGGUGGCCUCACUGAACACUUGGGGGCAGUAUGCAGGCGACGUGCAGUUUAUCCUACACCGCACAGGUCCAUCUCUCAAUGAGUACCCCUCAACCGAAGGUCUGAAUUCUCGAGGCCCAGAGCGUGGCUUGCAUCGGCAGAGCCUUCCGUUGAUGGCCAAGCUCCGAGCUCCGGGUGAUCGGUCCUUCUGUCGGCGUGAACCACGCCGCAAAUCUCUGACCUACACCGGUGCGCCCCGCAGUCUGAGGGACAUCCUUAGUGGAGGAAGGCUCGGUGACACCAGUGCCAGACAACGAGAGGUUUUAGUAAAAAGUCCCCACAAUUCGCCGUCACUCUCCCCCCGGGUAUCAGCCCAAAGAAUGGAGGACCUUACCCAACUGGUGAGACUGCAGAGGGAGACACUUUCGUUUCUAGACAGCAGGACGGAGGCGUACGAGGCAGAGCUCCGAAUGAUGACUGAGAAAAGAGUUGGACUCGAGGACGAUGAAUUGUAUGUGAAGAUGAUGGAGGAAGUUUCAAGGUUGGAAAAGCAGGUGCGAAGGAACAAGGUAGACAUCGAGGAAGAAGAAUUCUGGGCAUCCGAGCUGGAGAUUGAGCGGGAGAGCGAGAGGCAGCUGCAGGAGCACCUCCAGGAGUUGAGCAGUCGGGUGCGCGGCUGUGAGGCGGAUCUGGAACAGCGGCUGAUGUCUCUGCACGGCGUAGAGGCAGGCAUAGAGGCUCAAAAGCAACAUAAGGAGAUCAGAGACAGCCAGCAGGCCAGUGAGGGGGAAGUGAAGGCUAGACUCCAGAGAGUGAAAUCAGAGCUCAAGGCUCUGGCUCAACACACGGCCCAGCUUGAAAACAGCUCAAGAGCAGUGGAGCGCUCGCUGGCUGAGUCAUGCAAGAGACGGCAGGCGAGUCAGUACGAACUGGAGCAGCUUACCAAAGAGUUGAGGCAGGUAAACCUACAGCAGUUCAUUCAACAAACAGGCACCAAAGUCACGGUUCUGCCCGUGGAGCCCAGUGAUGAGGACUCCAGCAACACAACAGAUGAUAAAGACUUUGCUGCAUUAACUGGCUCACUGAAACGACCGGGCGCAUCUCAUCCAGUGGCUGGCAGCAUCCAUGAACUCCACAGUCCAAUCUCAUCAGGUUUGAAUCCUGAGGGCAUCUACGUUUGAGGAGCAUAAAUCACUUCAGUAGAUGCAAAUCAGAUUUUUAAAAACCUCUCCUUAUAUGUUUUAGACUGAGUUGAUUUGAUUUGUUGCACAAUGAAGGAGAACUUCAGUGGUAUAAUGAAGACCUCUCAAGCGGUUUUUCAAUUCUGUCAUAAUACUUGAUCUUGAUCACAAAGAGCUGCAUACCAUUUCAAAUACAAACAAUAAGUAUGCUGGUUUUCAUAUUUGUAGUGUCUACUGUUAGAAAGUGAUACCUGUAACCUCGUCACAUACAACAAAAAACUAGGCGAUGAAGGAUGAAUUACUUUGGAAGCAUAAAUAUAUUUUUGUAUUCUUAUUUUAGUCUCUAAAAACAUUUGUAUGAAUGUGCCACUUUCAAGCUGACCGGUGAUAUUUAGUUGUUUUUUAUUGUUUUUUUCAUACGAUGGCUUGUGUUAUCCGUUUAUGUAAGUGUUUUUACUACGUUGAGCCAAAGACGAUCUCCUUUUUCAGUUGCAAUAUAUUACUGCAUGACCGCAAAAUAUCGUACUACUCCUUGCUUUAAUUUAGCAAAUGUCAUCAUAGUUGAAAUAUGCAUAACUAAUACUGACAAAUACAAAAGUGUCAUUGCUUGAAAAUGUACUUUUAAUCUUAAAGGGAUACUGGGACAGUUCACCCAAAAUUAAACAUUAUUUCUUGUUUUAAUAUCUCACUGUAUUGAGAUAAAAUUGGGUGAACUGUACCUUAUAUGUUAGUAUAUAUUUGUCUGUUUCAAUAUAUUAAAUCACAGCUAUUUAGCUGAAAAUAGUGCCUUACUGAAAUUCAACCCAAGCCAUGUUAGUAUCAGACUCUGUGAAUUAAAUUUCAGUAUUUUCAGUGUUUGUAUAAAAUAUAUUAUGAUGUUUUGUGUUCAGAUUUGCUCAUAUGGUGUCUUGUACAUAUGGCUGCAUUCAAUUUCAGUAGAUUUUGGGGGUAUUUAAACUUUUUUUAUUUGAUUCCUAAAGUCAGCAUGUACUAUAAAUUUUGUAAACAUAGAAAAGCUUCAUAUAAACCCCUAGAAAGUCUGUAUGUAGUACUGUGAAUCACUAUUAAACCCAAAUCACCCCUA